UACCCCGGAUUAGUUGGGAUUGGACUCUAUAGUCCAAGAAGUUAGUCUGAAAUCCUUGAUUGGGAAAACACGGGAUUAGCUUUAAUGAGAUUAGCUAAUCCGCGCGUUGGAGAUUUUUCGGGACUGUGGAGAGGUGCCGAAUUCGGGUGGACUGCGCAAUCCUUCGCCUCCUCUUGCUUCCUCACUCACUCUCGCCUCCUUAGGUCCCGUCUCCAAAAAAGCAAGGAGAAGGAAGAAGAGCUCGGCUCGAUCUGACGCCGGUCGCCGCUUUCGACUUCCGAUCCCGAGACCUUCCUCCUAUAACCUUGGGGGAACUCGCCGACGAGCACCGAGAGCCUUGCGCCGCGGUUAGAUCUGCAUUUUUUGUCGGCUCCUCUCAUCAACCCCUGGAUCACUCGAUCUGCUCACCAGGUUCUCUCUCUAUCUCUCUCUCUCUCUCUCUCUCUCCCUCUCUCUCCCCUUCUGUAUCUCUAUAUCAUCUGGACGGCAGAGCUCCGAGCUCUGGUGGACCUUCAUCCUGUGCAUCGUCGUCCGAUUCAGUUGCUCACUACCAUCGGUGACUCGUCUCCGGUUAGUUCUUAAUCCCUACCUUUGAUUGGAAAUGUUUGAUCUUGUUAUGAUAUGGUUUCUGAUUGGAAAUGUUUGAUUUGGUUAUGAUUUGGUUUCUGGUUUGGUUUCUUCUUGUUUCUGAAUGUGCAUACUUCAUGUCAACCAUGAACAGUAAAGUCUUUUGCUUUAAGAUUACUUACGUUUCAUACUAAGCUUGAGUGAUGACGCAGUUAUUCUUUAGGAGAAUUAGUGAAGGAAACAUUGAUUUUGCUUUCAGAAUUGAGUCACUGUUCUAUAUAGUUGCUCAAGUUCGUGAUUGAGAUUUGUGGGUUUCAGUAUGACACUUUCUUGUAUCCUGUACUGUUUCUUGGUUAUACUUCUGUUUUGUUGUAGGAAUAUUUUGCAGCUUCCCUUUUUUGUGUACUUCUGAGUGCCCAAAUUGUUGUUGUAUUUGUCUCUUUGAGAUUUUGUUGUUCAUAUUCAUCCUUAUUGAGCUCGGUGGAACUUUGUCACUCUUUGUGUGAUAAACUAGGGAAGGUUCAUCAUGUUUAAUGCCCCCUGUAGUCUGAACAAUGUGUUUCUUUUUUGCUAUUUGAUAUAUUUUUUAGUAGGAUUAUGUAUGUGUAUCAACCAAAUGAGCUGAUGUGAUGUUUAACAUGUUUAUUUUGACCAGUAUUGUAAAUUUAAUUGAUUUUUUACUUACUCAUUAGUAAAUUUGCUAACAAGAUAGGAGUCAUAGGACUAGGAGAUCUGAACUAAUGAACCAACAUAGAUCUGGAGUACAUUGAUCAUCGAUUUCUUGUUUUAACAUGAAAAGAAUAUCAUCUAAUCAAGGCCAGAAAAUAUGGGAUGGCAAGAUACAUAUGUUUCCUGGAUGAUUAUCAUCUAAUCAAGGCCAGAAAAUAUGGCAAGAUAAAUCAGCAAAGAGCCAUUUCCUGGAUGGAUGGAAGGAAAUAGGAUUAGGGAUCCAAUUGUUUUAUACUAUGGAAAAGGGCAGCUCACAGGUUUUCUAGUAGAUCCUAAUGGGGUUCUUGAUGUGGACAUCAAUAUCUACCAGAUUACUUCAUCUGUGCACAUACAGUGGCACAAACUGUUUCAACCAGCUCAAGGGAAUUGCAAAUGCAGCACCUACAGUGCUCAAAGAAAUCAUGUCAGAGGAGCACAAACUAGGACCUAAUCACAGUCUUUAUCAUUCUUGUCUCCUGAAGAAUCAAGCCUCAUGUUUGAGAAAGCUGGCGUUACAGAGGCAGAAGUAGCUUAUGAACUAGUUGGGAUUCUGAGGAAGUAUAGACACCGGCGAAUUAAGGUUCCAAGAAUUAGGAGGUUUUCCA